GAAUAUUGUAAUGACUUGGUUGAAAAAGAAGGUUUUUCAUCAAUUGGUGUUAUUAAUGAUGAUGGAUGUACAAUAGCACUAUCAAAAGGAUUUGAAAUUACACCAGAAGAAUUCAAUGAUAUUAAAUUUAUUUUGAUAAACGAUAGACCUGAUCAUAAUAAAGGAACUCUUACUGUUGGUCGUGUUACAUAUAACGAUGUUAAAAGAACCUUUAACAAUGAAUACAUUGCAACUGCUGCGGAAACUGGUUGUAUAAUUGCAAAAACUGUAAGUUUUUAA